AAGUUUGCAUUCGAGCCAUAAGAGUAAGACUUCAAGUAAGACUUUUGGUCACAGCUUCAUUGUAUUUUACUUUAAAAAGUCUUACACUUCAAAUACUAAGUGUUUAACGGCACACGCAAUAAUGUAUAGAAGAAAAUACAAGAAGACUUUCAUCAGCAGUUUCUCAGAUCAAUUGUUAUUUCACAUCUGGCAGUUGACAAUGACUCUUCUUCUGAUUUUGAUUUGCAAUGCCCUUCGAUUUGUAUAUGGACUGAAUAACGGGCUGGCGAUCGUACCUCCGAUGGGCUGGAUGCCAUUUGAGAGGUUCCGCUGCAUGACGGACUGUGCCCGCUUCCCCAAGGACUGCAUCAGUGAAUCGCUUAUCAGACGUACGGCGGACCUCUUGUUAUCAGAGGGCUAUGCUGCUGCAGGAUAUCAAUACUUGAUUAUCGAUGACUGUUGGAUGGAAGCGUCUCGAGACGAAGCGACUCACGAGCUUCUGCCCAGCCUCGAUCGAUUCCCCAGUGGAAUGAUGGCUCUCGGCAAUCACAUUCAUAACAUAGGACUGAAGUUUGGAAUUUACCAUGAUGUGGGAGAGAAAACAUGCAUGUUCCGUGGCCCUGGAGCUGCUGGGCACUUUAAGCUAGAUGCUCAAACCUUCGCUAAAUGGGGCGUUGACUACGUCAAGAUGGACGGCUGCUACGCUAGUGAAGAAGAUAUCGACUGGGGAUACCCAGCCUUUGGAGCGGCUAUGAACCAAACGGGCCGGCACAUGGUGUACUCCUGCAGUUGGCCUUUUUAUAAGUCAAAGCCAAACUACUCGUUGAUAGCGAAACAUUGCAAUCUCUGGAGGUUUGCUGUUGACAUACAAGACUCGUUUACAUCUGUGACGAACAUAAUGUCGCGAUACUCCAGCAAACAGGAUAUUCUGACAGCACAUUCUGGCCCUGGUCGCUGGAAUGAUCCAGAUAUGCUUGUCCUGGGAAACUUUAGAUUAAGCUACGAUGCCAGCCGUUUGCAGAUAGCUAUAUGGGCAGUGAUCGCUGCCCCUUUGAUUAUGACCAACGAUUUGGAUACCGUACGUCCGGAAAUAAAGGAACUCCUUCAGAACCCUGAUGUAAUAGCAAUAGAUCAGGACCCUCUGGGCCAGCCUGGAAGGCUCGUUCUUGCGGUGCGAAACCUUCAGGUUUGGGUUCGGCCUGUAACUCCGGUAAGUGACUUUGGAAAGAACUCUUUUGCAGUAGCCUUCGUCAAUCAAGGAGGCUUUGGUGCUUGUCCCUUGUGUCCUCAGACAUUUGAGGUACCCUUGCACAGAAUAGGCUUGCAGAACCGCAUGGGCUAUUAUGUAAUAGACUUGUUUAACGGCACCAACAUUUUGGGAUUAUUCAAGCCAAAGGAUUCAUUUAUUACGCGAGUUAACCCAGAAGGCGUUAAUUUCUACAAGUUUACUGUGGUUCCUUACUACUAAUUUUCUCAAAAGCUUUGAAAAUACCUAUAAUAUGACAUUAAAUUUAAAGCGGAUUAAACGAAAUUGUA